AUGGAACAUGUUAUGGAUAUAGUUAUUAAAACAGUGAAUUGGAUUAGAUCCCGUGCAUUGAAUCAUAGACAAUUUAGUACACUACUCGAUGAAAUGGAUGCUCAGUAUGGUUGUUUAAUAUAUUACAGUGAGGUAAGAUGGUUAAGUCGUGGAGCAGUUCUACAAAAAUUUUUCUUAGACUGUUUUAUGAAAUCUAAAAACAAGUUUGUUCCAGAAUUAACUAAUAAUGAUUGGAUUAAAGAUUUAGCUUUUCUUGUUGAUAUUACUGCACAUUUGAAUAUUCUCAAUCUACAAUCACAACGAAAAAACAAAGUUAUCACAAAUAUGUACGACUCAAUUAGUUCAUUUAUGAUGAAAUUACGAUUAUGGGAAACUCAACUUUCAUUAAAUAACUUAGUACACUUUUCUACAUUAAAACAGUUAUCCACAGAUGGUAAUGAUGAACAUGUGAAGGAAGAUUUACAACUCGAGUUAAUUGAUUUGCAAUGUAAUUCUGUUUUAAAAUCAAAAUUUGAAACUGUAGGAGUCCCAGAAAUUUUUAAAUAUCUUGGAAAUAGUUAUCAAAACUAA